CAUUAAGUUGGGAGGGUUUCUCACAGGCCUUGAAUUUUACACUUGAACUCAUUGCAUUUUAUUCAAAGAUGGGUUCAAUCGGAGCCAGUAAACCCCAUGCUGUUUGUGUUCCAUAUCCUUCACAAGGCCAUGUUACCCCAAUGAUGCACCUAGCUAAGCUUUUGCACUCGAAAGGGUUCCACAUAACCUUCGUUAACACUGAGUUCAACUAUAGACGCCUGGUCCGGUCCAAAGGGGCAGAAGCUGUUAAGGGUCUGCCAGAUUUUCGGUUUGAUGCCAUUCCGGAUGGGCUGCCACAUUCUGACCGUGACGCGACACAGGAUAUUCCAGCGCUAUGUGAUUCAACGCGGAAAAAUUGUCUGGCUCCAUUCUUGGAGCUAAUAGCAAAGUUAAACUCCUCAUCAGAAGUUCCUCCGGUUUCCUGCAUUAUUUCGGAUGGAGUCAUGAGCUUUGGUAUUAAGGCAGGUGAAAUACUUGGCAUACCAGAGUUCCAGUUUUGGACUGCCUCAGUUUGUGGCUUCAUGGGUUAUUUGCAGUACAGCGAACUAGCGAAAAGAGGCAUUGUUCCUUUCAAAGAUGGAAAUUUCAUUAGUGAUGGCACUCUGGAUACACCAAUUGAUUGGAUCCCUGGUAUGAGUAACAUGCGCCUCAAGGAUAUUCCAAGCUUUAUCAGAACCACUGAUCCCAAUGACAUAAUGUUUGAUUUCUUGGGAUCAGAAGCACAAAACUGCUUAAAAUCUUCUGCAAUCAUUUUCAACACAUUUGACGAAUUAGAACAAGAGGUGCUAGAGGCCAUUGUUGCCAAAUUCCCUUCUGUUUAUACCAUAGGUCCCCUGACCUUGCUCGGAAGGCAUGUUCCUCAAAGCCAACUCAGAUCAGCAAGGUCCAGCUUAUGGAAGGAAGACACGAGCUGUAUUGAAUGGCUUAACAAAAGGGAACCCAAUUCGGUGGUGUAUGUGAAUUACGGUAGUGUGACUGUGAUGUCAGAUCACCAUCUGAAAGAAUUUGCUUGGGGGCUUGCAAACAGUAAGCACCCAUUUUUAUGGAUAAUUAGGCCUGAUGUGGUAAUGGGUGAAUCUGCUAUUUUGCCAGAAGAAUUUUUCGAGGAGAUUAAGGAUAGAGGAUUGAUAACAAGCUGGUGCCCCCAAGAUGAAGUGCUCUGCCACCCAUCGGUUGGUGUUUUCCUGACGCAUUGUGGAUGGAAUUUUACAUUAGAAUCCAUAUCAGGAGGUGUGCCUGUAAUCUGUUGGCCAUUCUUUGCUGAGCAACAAACAAAUUGUCGAUAUGCUUGCACCAAAUGGGGCAUUGGCAGGGAAGUUAAUCCUGAUGUAAAGCGUGAUGAUGUUAAGGCUCUUGUAAAGGAAAUGAUGGAAGGGGAUAAUGGAAAGCAGAUGAGGCAGAAGGCGCUGGAAUGGAGGAGCAAAGCAGAAGUUGCCACUGAUAUUGGAGGAUCUUCUUACAAUAAUUUUGACAGAUUCAUUAAUGAGGCUCUCUCCAUCAUGGAUAAAAAUGAAACUUUCUAGUCUAGAGAGUGGUGCAAACUAGUCUGAUCUCAACUACCCCUUUCAAUAAGCACCAAUUUGGUAAUUCACGACAUUGGUUUUCUAAUUUUCCCAAUUUAAAAACCAUAGCACUGUCAAGCUUUCUGUACGUGGCAUGGAAUCUGAUCAGUUUGGUACUCUAUGGAUUUGUGAUGUUGCAGUUUAAGACUGUAUCAAACAAAAUAACAUUGUUGUAUCAAGCACUGAAAUGAACAGUUUUUAUGAGGCAUUGCUAUUCUGUUUAAACAAAGGCAGGGCCACAGGGGAAAUGAGACAGAUUUGAA